AUGGGUUGCCUAAAGAGGACGGGAACAAAAAACAACACAUACUAUGUUGCCCCAGAAGUAUUGCGCAAGCAUUACGGACCUGAAGCUGAUGUAUGGAGUGCAGGAGUUAUUUUGUACAUUUUACUCAGCGGGGUGCCACCUUUUUGGGCAGAAACUGAAAUGGGGAUCUUCCGACAGAUAUUACAAGGAAAAUUAGAUUUUGAAUCUAAACCAUGGCCUGGAAUUUCAGACAGUGCCAAGGAUCUGAUACGUAAAAUGCUUGAUAGAAAUCCAAAGAAAAGGAUCACUGCCCAUGAAGUUCUAAGCCACCAGUGGAUUGUUGAUGACAGCAUUGCCCCAGAUAAACCUUUUGAUUCUGCUGUGUUAUCACACCUGAAGCAAUUUUCUGCAAUAAACAAGCUUAAGAAGAUGGCUUUGCGUGUAAGGUUUCAGUUAACAUAUUAAGAAUUAUAUCUACCUAAAAGAACUCCCAAAUUUGAACCCUAUUAUGUAAACAUACUAAUGUUAUGAGAAACAGAAAAUGGCAGCGGAAGAGGAUGUAGACUGAAGUACCGUGAGAGUUGAAUAUAGUAAAAAACAGCAUAGUUGAACAUCGUUGCAGUUAUAAAUAAGUAGACAAUAGGGCAGCAGCAAGGGAUAAUUGAAGAAACUGAGGACCUAUAGAGAAAGAGGGAGAAAAGAAAACUAAAAAAGGGGGAAGAGGGCAGAGAUCAAAGAAGAAUAUGCACAAAUAGGGAAGAUUUUCUUUAGGAGAGGUAAUUAGUAGUAGAGGCUUUAGAACCAAGAAUGCAGAGUAGUUCAAGAAAAUAGAGAACCUGCAAAACAGCAGGAAAGAGAGUUUUGGGAAGUAAGACAAAAAGGAUAACAGAGGAAAGAAACACAGGGAAUAAGGAAGAUCAGCAAGACAAGAAAAAGAUAUAGGAGGGGAGGAAGAGAUAUAGAAAAAUAACGGAGAAUGGGGAAGUGGUAGGGGAAGA